AUGGCUACCAUCACUACCGCUGCCGACCAACAACCAAAUCCAUCGGCAUCCUCUCGUCGGCCCUGGAUCCUCUUCGACGCCGGUGCCUACAUCGGCGAUUGCCCCAACGGCACCACUGCAGAACACUUCACGAGUAACAACAAGUCCAUCAAGGUUUCCAUCUGGCCCGAUGACCCGCCGGCCCCCUCCCGCCUGUUCGUGCACUUCCCCGAUCUGGGCCCUAACCUCCUUUUGGAGGAUGCCCGUAUCGUUUCCUCUGCGGACCGCUUCCUCCUCCUCCGCGUCCGCAUCAGUUGCCCAACCAUCAGGUCGCGGGAGAUGGGCGACUACUUCAUCUACCGGGCUGAACGCCCGUCGCUUCGGCUGCUCCCCAAGCCCCGCCCCUUCCAUGACGACGAAGUUGGCCUCCUUCCUCGCGGUGAGCACUUCACCAUCGCUGUGCUGUCCCUUGAUAUGCACGGGUUCGAUCUUCACUUGUUCAAGUCUGAAUCGUGGGCCUGGACCACUUUCAGCAAGGUGCCAAUAGUGACACCUCAGAGAGCGUUCCCGAUCGAGAUCCCCCGGAAAGCUUUUAGGCUUAACGAGCAUAUUACAACCACGGUUAUCACCCUCGGAGGUGAAGGUGGCACCAUGGGCUGGGUCGAUCUCUGGCGUGGAAUCUUGUUCUGUGAUGUGCUCAGCAGCAGCCCCACACUCCGUGGAGUACCCCUGCCACUGCCACGUUCCUUGGUCAAUCACGGGAAGGGGAUUGAAGGCUGCCCCAAGCCAUAUCGGGGCAUUGCUGUUGUUCAAGGUUGCCUCAGGAUGGUUGAAAUGGAAGUUCAAUUUGAUGGCCCUCCAAUGCUUGACCCUGAAACUGGGCAUAUUAACUUUAGAAUCCGAGACUGGGAGCUCUCCACAUAUACAAACAGGAAGAUCAGUGGUGCUUGGGAGGAUUGGCAGUUGGACUGCACAGCCAAGGCUUCUCACAUCGAUAUCGACGAAGGAAUGCAGUGGCAAUUGCUGCAAUCUGGAUUGCUCAAUGUAAAACAAGAAGGAAGAGGGCGGAAACUCGAAAACCUCCACACAUGUCAACCUGUUCUCAGCCUGGAUAAUAAUGGUGUUGUUUACUUGCUGACGAAGGUGAAGUUCAUGCAAUCCAGGGCAUGGGUUCUUGCUGUUGACAUUAAGGGCAAAAGAAUACAGUCACUGGCUGAGUUCAGCACUGACAGAAACUUGGUCCUGUCCCAUGAAUAUUGCCCUAGUAGUAUAUCCAGUUAUAUCAAUGCUCGGGCAACACCAGUGAAAAUUAUGACAAGUCCUAUUGGGAUUGUUGAGUUCAUAAUAACCAUAUUGAUGGAAGCUUUGUAUGAUGUCAUCAAUGUAUCAAAUUGCUGGUUGCUUUCUCUAAAACGAAUGUUGAUUGAUUUGUUGUGGCCAUCAUGGGUUUGUGCUAUUUCUUUGGAUGCAGCAUCAGGUGGCAGCUUAGGAUGUUUGAUGAGCCAAUUGCAGCAAGCUGAUGACGGGAGCCAAGUGCAGCAUAAAGACUGA